CUCAUGUUUUUUCCACAUUCCUCUCCAAUAGGCAAUAUUCUGAUUAAUUUGUUUGGUGUAUCUCAUACCUUUUUAGAAGGUAAAAGCUUCAGGGUUAACGGAAAAUAUUCCUUCUUUAUCUAUAACAUGGCAAAGCUUGCUGAUGCAUUGGGCGGUAGUUGAUGUUUCAUAGAAAAGUGAAACCAUUUGUCGUGACCCGGUGCAGAAUAUCAGAUCUGAUGACCCCAUGGGCCAAUCCACUAUUGCAAAUCCUACGCCAUGGUUCCUACAGUUUGUUUAUUAAAGAGACAUGGUCAACAUAGUUUAGGCCCAACAUUUAGUUUUGUAUAUAUACAGUUAAACAUUUUUCAAAUUCAGCCUAGCUCAAACUCCUGAUAACCAAAUUUCAGAUAAGCCAGAGUUAUGUCCAUCUAGAUUUUACUGACUGAGGCUCUACUUUUGUGGAAGUUCUAAACUCCAUAGAAGAACUUUAGGCUAUUGUCCUGUGGGGAUCCUAAGUGCUGAAGAUUUGGAAGUGAACUCUGCAGGAGUGGAGGUCCUCUACAGCUAUGUUCUUGAGAUGUUCUUGUGGAACUCCUUAAGAACUUACCUGCAACUCCUUGGAGCUUAGGUGCUUCAGUAGACUGAAAUUCCCGGUUAGCACAACCCCAAAUUUUAUGAAGAUUUUGGAUGGUCCCUGAGACCUUCUUUAAACCAGGGUUUAUCCCUUUGUACAUGGUUAGAUAAAGGUAUGCCUCCUCUAUUUUUAAUCUUUUUUUAUAUCUUCAGUGAACACAGGUUUAUUGUGGUGGUGGUUUUCAAUGUUAAAUUUUUCUUGGGCUAGUGCAUAAGAAUGGGGAAGUGAAAUUAAUCAGAAACAAAAGUGAAACUAACCAGUCUCAUUUUUCUGUGAAGUUGAGGGAAAUGUCUGUGAAGUGAAAUGUGAAGCAAAAGAUCCUGACCACUUAUGGAAUACUUAAUGAUCAUAACACUUUUCACAAGAGCAGGUUAAAUCUGGUCUCCUGGUUAAAUUCUGACAGGAGAGUAACUUUUCUUUUAGAAAUACAUGGCCUGUCUCUUCUGCACUGUUAAAUUAUUUUCAUGUUCUUGGCCAACCUCUAGUUUUGUCACCUCACACUUCCCAUGAUCCUACCUGGCAUCUAGUCUGGUGUGUGGGCUGAGCACUGGAACAGAGGUUUUGGGAGCUGAGUGGUUAAUAGGAUGUUGCAUGGACCUUCUGACAUGAGAAGCCGGAGUCAGACGGUCAGUUCUGAGACCAGCGUGGAGGAAGGUGGAGUUUUCGAAGGUUUGAAGUCCGAAACUCCCUCACCCCAGCAGCUCUUCUCGGGGCUGGCAGGCAUCCCAUCUGGUACCAUCCCAACUACCCCGUUCCAGUCAGGUUUGGUCCUGGGCUCCUCAGCAGGAGGCGGGGAUGUGUUCAUUCAGAUGCCAGCCCCAAGGGAAGAAGGGGCCAGCCGAACAGAAGGAGCUCCAUUCCACCACCGGCAGCAGCCCCAUCACUAUCACCAUGGCCACCAUCGGGGAUCCUCUCUGCUACACAUGGCUAGUGGAGACCGACACGGACACUCAGAAGACAAUCCUGAGGACCAGCCCGGGACUCCUGCCCCUGCCCUCUCGGAGCUGAAGGCUGUGAUCUGCUGGCUCCAGAAGGGGCUUCCCUUCAUCCUGAUACUCCUGGCCAAAGUUUGUUUCCAGCAUAAGCUUGGGAUUGCUGUGUGCAUUGGUAUGGCCAGCACAUUUGCAUAUGCUAACUCAACUCUCCGAGAACAGGUCUCUUUGAAGGAGAAGAGGUCGGUGCUGAUUGUCUUCUGGAUCCUGGCCUUCCUCCUGGGGAAUACCUUAUACUUGCUUUACACUUUCAGCUCCCAGCAGCUAUACAACAGCCUGAUAUUUCUGAAACCCAACCUGGAGAGCCUGGAUUUCUUUGACCUGAUGUGGACUGUGGGGAUCACGGAUUUUGUGCUGAAGUAUCUCACCAUCUCUUUGAAAUGCCUGGUCGUUGCCCUGCCUAAAAUCAUUCUGGCUGUCAAGUCAAAGGGAAAGUUUUAUCUGGUUAUUGAAGAGCUGAGCCAGCUGUUCCGCUCGCUUGUCCCCAUCCAGUUGUGGUGCAAAUACAUCAUGGGGGAUGAUCCAUCCAGCAGCUAUUUCCUAGGAGGGAUCCUGAUCAUACUGUAUAGUCUCUGCAAGUCUUUUGACAUCUGUGGCCGUGUGGGGAGUGUCCGGAAGGCGCUGAAGGUCCUUUGCACCCCUCAGACCUAUGGAGUCCGUGCAACCAGCCAGCAGUGCAGUGAGGCUGGAGACAUCUGUGCUAUUUGCCAAGUGGAGUUCAGGGAACCUUUGAUCCUUAUGUGCCAGCAUGUGUUUUGUGAAGAGUGCCUCUGCCUGUGGUUUGACAGGGAGAAGACCUGUCCCCUUUGUCGCUCCAUCGCGGUGGAGACUCUGCGCUGUUGGAAAGAUGGUACCACCUCAGCUCACUUCCAGGUUUAUUAACCACAACACAUACCACCAUCAGGAUGACAUGUGAGCAGACAGAAGAAAAAGCUGGGAAGCUCCUUGCUUCCAAGUAUUUGGUGGGUUGUUGUCUCGGUCUUUCACCCAGCUCUCUCUCUCCAUCCAACCAGGGGAGCAGGUUGGCAUGUUGUUACGUCUGUAGCAGGGAGCAGAGUCCGUUAGCAUGAAGAGUUCUCUAAGGAGAGGGAAGGGGAGUGGGUUUUCAACUCUUCAGAAUCAGAAUCCAUCCCUGCCACUCUUCACUGCUAACUUGGGGCGGAGGUCCUUGCUUGAACUUGCUGUGUACAGCACAAAUUACCCCAGGCUGGGCCCUCUUUGUCUAUUAUCUGAGUGUACAUAAAUGUCUUGUUUGUAGGGAAAACAUGAUGAGUUUCCCAUUGUAUGUGUGUAGUCCAUAAUAUUGGAGGAAAGCUUUCCUCAACUGACUCAUGAGAGGACAGCAGACUGGAGUUAUGUCAUUAAACAGUCUCCUGACUCCC